GAUGGGAUAUAAGAGUGCAUGGAAUGACUGAGUACAAAAAGGAUGCCGAUCUGGUCCUAUACUGUUACACCUUCCUCUGUUUUCUAAUUUUUUUUUUUUAAUUCCAUGUAUGAGGGAAUAUAGAUUUUUUUUUUUCAGCUGGCUGCUUGGCUCAUACUGGCCUCUAGAGGGAGGCUAAAAAAACAAAAUAACUCUAAACUGGGAAGCAGAGGCACUCUUCAGAAGCGAUACCAAACAGAAGAGACCGAGACCCGAGACACAGUUAGUCCUGGUUAUUAUUCUUUGCAGUAACAGGAAAUUGCAAAAGAAAUGUCAGCUGCCGCAGAUAAUAAAUAAACAGCUUAGCAGUUGGUGGGGAAGGACCAGCUGUGUCACUAGUUAAGAGCAGUAAACUUGAGUCUCCCUAAGAAAAUCUGCAUCCUUGAGAGGGAGGUGACAUCCUUGGUGUUGCUGCUGAUGCUUUGCCUGUAUCCCUGGGCCAGAUUCUGCCCAAGGCAAAUAAUUUCUGCAGUUCGGUACUGAUAGACUGGGCAUAACUUACCUUCCUGCCCUCUGUGAAAAGAUGUGGUUAUUCUUCAUUUGCAUUUUAUAUUUUCUCCUGAAACCUAUAGGAACUAUCUAUGGCCACAACAGUUACACAGAAUAUCAGCUGGGCAACAUGAACAUAAUUAUUUCUGUUCCACAUGGUGGAGCAAUGGAACCUGAAGACAUCCCUGAUAGAGAUGCUGGUUGUUGGAAUGCAAACAGUUCCUCUUGUAUCUUCUCUCAUGACUGUCCUCCAGGAACCGUUCAAGACUUUCAAAAGUGCAAGGUGGCUACAAAUCAAGACAGGCAUGUCAUAGAGGUAGGUCAGACUCUUGCUAAAGAAAUCAGAAAGAUUACUAAAGGCUUCUUCCCUCAUGUGGUUAUAAAUCAUCUCCAGAGAUUCAAGAUGGAUGCUAACAGAGAAAAGGAAGAAGCUACCUUUGGAAUUCCCCAAGCAGAAGAGGCCUGGGAAGACUACAUGGGGUUUAUGAGGUCUGCAAAAUUGCACAUGACAGAAGGCCUUAUUGUGGAUAUCCAUGGCCAAGCACACCCUGAACAAUGGAUAGAAUUAGGCUACACCAUUUCAAAAGCAUCACUCAAUUCAGGGAUAUUUUCUGCAUCAGGCUCUUCUAUUCAAUAUCUUGCCAACCAGCUGGGCAAUGUCACCUUUGAAUCAUUGCUUAGAGGACACAGAAGCCUGGGUAAAUUUAUUGAAGAUCAGAACAAAAUGUACAUUUGUGUUCCUUCUCCAACCAAUCCUAGUCCAAAAAAUGGGAAUUAUUAUAGUGGUGGUUAUAUAACAAAAACUUUUGGCUCUCAAUACUCUGGCACUGUUGAUGCCAUUCAGAUUGAGCUGCCUCAGUGGGUAAGGGAUAUCAAAGAGAUUCCAAACUUUAGUAAAGCACUAGCAAAGGCUAUAAUGAAUUUCUGGCAAACUAACUACUGCAUCCACAGCGGCCAUCAGCUUCUGGGAUGUUGAAAGAAAAAAAAAUUACUUACAUUGCUAUGGCUAUUUUGUAAUCUAUGCUAAUUUAUCUGAUACACUGGAAUAUAGAUUUUUAUCCGACUGACUUUGAAUUUAAUUGACUCUGAAUUCUUUAGAAGUAAAGUAGUGGUCAAGAGACAAAAAAUACAGGAUACAAAGGAAUGCAAUUCUGAUGGCAAAGUCAUACAGAAAGAAGAAAAACUUUCUAAUAGCAACAACUUAAUUAUUAAAUUAAUACUUAAGAGAGUUUACAGCAAAAGGACAACUGGUAGCAUCUGUGAUGUCAAGGCAGACUGUAGUCAAGGUAAUUUAGAUUUUGCCUACCCCCUUAGUUAAUUAUCUUCUCUUGAGGAAGGAAUCUUUUUCUGUUUAGUAGUUUAGUUUACUUCAAAUUACAUUGAACAUUGGUGAUCUUCAACAUAUCUAGUUAUUCUCCAAUAAGUGAAAUGUACUGUAGCCUGGCCAGAAUCCUAAGGUCAUUGGUCACUUUAGCAAAAAAACUCACACAGGUUUCAUCAGUGAAGGACCUACCUCCUUGGGACAUGGAUGUGGAAUUCAGCCCCUGGAAGCUUAGUUGUGGAGGAAAGACAGAGAAAGUAUCCUUUUAUUUCCAGUUCAUAGGGAAAAUGAUCUGUUGUAGAAUAUACUACUAGAUUUUAGUUCAAGAUUUUUUUUCUGUAUGGUGCAGUGCAUAGAACAGAUUUUUUUGCACCAAAAAUAAAGCAUUUCUGCCUCUUUUUGUGGUAUGGUAAUAUACAUAAAUAGGUUUCUCUGCUAUUUCCUAUUGAACAUCAUUUAAUUAAAUGAUAUAUCAAGCAAAAUCUUUGAAUCAAGGGCCAUCACUUUGUUCUACAUUUUUAUAGUACCGCGCACACAUUUGGGCUCCUGGUCCAUGAUUUGGGCUCCUUGGUGCAACUCUAAUAUGAAUAAACAAUUAGAGCAGCACAUGAUUUGAUCUACUGCAAAGUUCUGCAAGUGGCAAAAAAUGCUGAGACCCUGAGCUGUGGCACCAUCACAAGGGAGGCAGUACUGCAUGGUGUUAAUACCUGCAUGGAGUACCUCCAAGAAAGCAUCCAUACUGCAAGCCAUGUUGUGGUGCAUGUGAGAUACUCUCCCCUCUCAGGGCCUGGUCCAAUGCUCAUUUGAUGUCAGUGGGAAUCCAUUUAUCCUUUGACUUUAUUUAACAAUAGAUUAUUCACUUAAACAUUACUGUGUAUUGUAUUAUUUUAGGGAUGGACUUAUAUG